UAUAUACUUAUCAUAUACGACUAUAUAAGAUUGCAUUACAUUUUUAUAUCUCCAAUCGUGAUAAUAUUCUGAGCAAAGUGACAAGUAAAAAAAAAGGAGGAAAAGUAGUAAAUUAUACUCAUAUGAGCAUUUUCAAAAGAAGAAAUUGCAUAAUGUCCAUUGCCAAUAAUUUGAUAAAGGACCUGCCUAAGGGACCUUUAGAUGUUUAUAGAAAGCGGGCAACCUUUGAUUGGAAAUCAUUCAAAUUAACUUUAGAGGGUGAGGAUAGUGUACGAUUUCAGGAAAAAUUAUGGGAAUAUGUUAGAACGAAUCCAGCAUUUCAAAAGACUUCAACAGGUCUAACAAGUUUAGAUGAACUGCGGAAGCGCUGUAAUAUUCAACUGAGAGCAUUUCAUGAGAAUGAUAUGACUCCUAUACAUGCUCAAGAUAAUUUUUUUUAUAUUUUUCAAUAUGAUGGAUCUAUACCAAUAAAAUUAAGUAUUAUGUAUUCUAUGGUAUCAAGUACUGUGUUAGCACUAGGUACUGAACAACAUUAUCAUCUUGUAGAAGAAUUGAGCAGUGGAAAAUAUAUUGGCUGUUUUGCUCUAACUGAAUUUUCCCAUGGAUCUAAUGCAAAAGGCAUGCGGACUACAGCAACAUAUGAUAUAGCAACAAAAAGUUUUAUUCUUCAUACUCCUGAUUUUGAAGCUGCAAAAUGUUGGGCAGGUGGUUUAGGAAAAUCUGCUACACACGCCAUUAUAUUUGCACAGUUAAUUACACCUGACAGGGUGAAUCGUGGUCUACAUGCUUUCAUCGUACCAAUUCGCAAUCCAAAAACUCAUCUACCUUUCUCUGGUGUUACUAUUGGUGACAUGGGUGAAAAGAUAGCACUUAAUGGAAUAGACAAUGGAUUUAUAAUAUUUGACAAAUAUUCUAUAUCGCGUACUUGUCUAUUGAACCGUACAGCGGGUGUUACCGAGGAUGGAAAAUAUGUGCUCGCUAUAAAGGAUGAACGAAAAAGAUACGGCUCGUCAUUAGGCGCUCUAUCAUCAGGUCGUGUCAGUAUUACCUUGAUGUGUUCGCAUUAUAUGAGUCUCGCCCUAACGAUAGCCAUACGUUAUUGUGCAGUUAGAAAACAAUUUGGACCUACGGACAAGAAUGAUGAGUUACCAGUUAUAGAAUAUCAAGCACAACAAUGGCGAAUUUUUCCUCAUUUAGCCGCAACAUAUGCAAUAAAAAUAUUUUCGAGUAUGUUUUAUAAGAAGAUGGUUGAAUUCAAUAUGAAAAGAUUUAUGGGAGAGGACGAAAAUUUGAGCCCUGAUAUAGGAUUAGAGAUACAUGCAUUGUCUUGCGCAGCAAAACCAUUAUGUUCAUGGAUCGCUCGUGAUGCAAUUCAGGAUUGCAGAGAAUCUUGUGGUGGUCAUGGAUACUUGAAAAUGUCACGUUUGGGUGAAAUAAGAGGUGAAAAUGAUGCAAACUGUACAUACGAGGGUGAAAACAAUAUACUUAUCCAACAAGCAAGCAAUUGGUUGUUAAACCAAUGGACUAACGUAAUUAAAGGACAACGCGUGCCGUCUCCACUUGGUUCGGCGGAUUUUCUUGUUGAUGCAGAACAAAUAUUGAAUACUAAAUUUGAUCAAGUUACAAUUGAGGAUACAUUAAGACCUGAAAAUUUGCUCUUAGCUUUUAAAUGGUUAAUAUGUUAUUAUCUGAAAAAGACAUAUCAACAUGUAAAUAAACUUAAAUCAAAUGGAAUGUCUGAUUUUGACACAAGAAACAAUUCUCAAGCAUUUUUAGCGCGGACUUUAUCUCUUGUAUAUGGAGAGCAUGCUAUAAUGGCAUAUUUUAUCACAUAUUUACAAGAUCCGAAAUGGAAAGCGAAUGAACGAAAAGUAUUGACACAAUUGUGUUCAUUAUUUGGAGCUAUAAUCUUGGAAAAGAAAUUGGCAGAUUUAUAUAGUGGUGGUUAUGCUUCUUCUAGCAGUAACAUAGACAAUUUUUUGCGGGAAGGGAUUAUAAUAUUAUGCAGAGAUUUACUAGAUAAUGCAGUUGCUUUGGUUGAUGUCUUGGCUCCGCCGGAUUUUAUUCUUAAUUCUGCCUUAGGAAUGUCUGAUGGCGAGAUAUAUAAACACAUGAAAGAAUGGAUAUUUAAAGAUAAAGAAAAUUUUGAACGUCCAUCGUGGUGGGAAGAAAUCCGCUCAAAGUUAUAAUAUAAUAGUA